CCAUUUUGCAUAUUGCAUAAACAAGACCAUUUAUUUAGACUAGGGGAAAUACAGAGAGCACAAGAGGAGGAGAGGUCCGUACAGCCUGUUGGCGGAUUGAUUUACACCCCAUUGACUCUUUAUCAGGCUCGCGAAAAAAGUCUGACCAAUCACUUCGCUCGGAGCGCACACCAUAGCAGCCCGGCUCUACUUUGUUGGCGAGCGAGUAGAAAGAAGUACCGUGAAGAGGGAAGUAAAACACAUUUUUAUGGUACAUGUUUUUCGUUCAAUGAACAGUACGUUAUAUAAUGUCCGAGAAUGUCCAUUUCUGGAACUCUAAGCAACUAUUAUGUCGAUUCUAUCAUAAGUCAUGAAGGAGAAGACCCGAACGCAUCUCGCUUCUCCAAUGUACAGUACUCCAGCGCUAGACAGCCGGGAUCCGUCGAGCAUCCCGAGUUUCCCUCUUGUAGCUUCCAGCCCAAGCCUCCUGUGUUUAGUUCUUCAUGGAGUCCAUUCAGUUCCCACGCGUCCAAUGGCUUACCAGCGGUCUACCAUCCCUACAUACCGACGCAGCCCGUGCCUUCCACGGAUACCCGAUACCUCCGCACAUGGCUCGACUGUGCCCCGAGAGCAGAGCCACUGCCUGGGCAAGGACAGGUCAAGAUGGAGCCGCUCCUGGGACAUCUUGGAGAACCACCGAAACUCGGUGGGCAGCAUGAAUACAUCUUGGAAUCCUCUACAGCACGGGAGAUGAAUUCUGGUCACAGCGCCGGAUUCGAAGACAAUAAGGACAUGUGCGAUAGCGAGGACAAAGAGGGACCGGAUCAAAACGACCCAUCGGCCAACUGGUUACACGCUCGAUCAUCCCGGAAAAAACGAUGUCCAUACACUAAAUAUCAGACCCUGGAGCUUGAGAAGGAAUUUUUGUUCAAUAUGUACCUCACCCGGGACCGGAGACACGAAGUAGCUCGCCUGCUGAACUUGACAGAGCGACAAGUAAAAAUUUGGUUCCAAAACAGAAGGAUGAAAAUGAAGAAAAUGAAUAAGGACCAGCCGAAAGAAUGAUAACGCAGACUCGUGCCUGGAUUUCAAGCCUUUUACAAGGUGUCUGUUAAACCUGGAAGCUGAUGCAAUAGUGUUUUUACUGCAUCAAUAAGAAACACAUACACACACACUCUCACACACACACUCACACACACACACACACACACACAAACACAUACACCACUAUGCGUAUGAACUGACAGCAUUUAACAGACUGUAAGGAAGAGGUGAGGCGAAAACGUCACUGAGGCGAAAACGUCUUGCCAUAUCUCCCUUGAAAGCUACUUUUUAUGACUUGUGAAAGAAACAAACACUUCACCGGGAUAAAAACUGGUGAUAAGGAACUGGUUCAACAAGGUUACUAGGAACUGAAUAUAUUAUGCUUUGUAAAGAUGGUCUCUCUGGUUUUGCAUUCCUUGUUUAUCAUUCCUUUUAUAAACGCUUAUAGAAAAUGUAUUUAACAAACAUCUUUAACAAAAAUUAAAAUAAAAUAAUUUGCUUAUCUGUAGGCCUACAAUCGUUCACGUGGAAAUGUAUCAACCUGAGGUCUGUUUACAAAAUUAUAAUGAUUAUUAUUUUUAUUGUAAGAGACAAGUAAAACAAUUUGAUGUAUUUGACAUUUACUUUGUGCGAUUGUCGUUUUGUUUUUGUUUUUUUUUUGUUUUUUUAAAGCAAAGUCUGCUCUAUUUUCUGCUCUUCUGCUUUUAAAUAAUGAAUUAUUUAAACGCUGAACUAUGUUGUAUUGCCUGAGCAUUUCUGCGUUCAUGGUAAAUAUCUCGAAAUAAUGCUUGCUUAAAAUAUGGUUUAAAAAACUGUUUCUCUGACUAAUACAUAAGGAAAAGCAACAACUUGUAUUAGACUUCUGGUUCGGAAUGUAGCCUACUAUAUUUGUAAUGUGCCAGUAACCAUAGAAUUAAAUGUAUAACAACCUUUAAUUCAGAUUCGGCAGCAAUUAUGAAUUCAGUUGUUUACAUAAAUUUGCGCAUGCCUCGUUAUAGUGUAGUUUUCUUAUGAACGUGUUUUUGAAAAAAGAUAGUAUUAAUUCAAAGCUGUUUUAUGUGUGGUAUUAGGAUUGUAAUUUUAAUUUAUUGUAAAUACUUUAAUAGCUUUGUUUCUUUAAACGUAAUGUGUUUUGUGUCAAACAUUUUUUUCAUAUACUUGAAAGAGGAGAUCGAAGUAAUCUUUUAAAGUUCGCAUUUUGUUUUCACUUUCCAUGUAUGUCCAGAAUUCAUUAUGUUGUUUGGUAUUGUCAAUGAUGUUUUCUUUUUUAAUUGUCUCGUUCCUCCAUAUUGAUUGGUUUGUUCAGAGAAAUUGUAACGCUGUGGUUUGACUUGACUCUGAUGUCGAGCGCGUUGAUCUUAAAAUUGCAAACACUCUUAAUUGUAAGUGGCUAUUAACCUAACUCUUUCCCACCUUUGACAUAUCCUACCCCUGCCUUCCUCUCUCUCUCUCUCUCUCUCUCUCUCUCUCUCUCUCUCUCUCUCACUCUAAGACGCGCACGCACGCACACAAAACACAACGCUUUAUUGUCUUAUUGUCUCUGUACAUUUCAUGUAAGUCACAAAAUAGCAUCGCAAGAUUAUGAAGAUCAUGCAGCUGUUUUAACUCGAGUCAACACAACAUCUAAAUAGUUUUGGGCACUAGUUUGUUGUUGUUAACCUGUGCUAUUGCACGGCUGAUGCUGGACUGAAAUUAAAAGUUUACACAGACCACACACUCGGGUCUUGUCAUUUCUAUGGACACACAAUUCCAAGGCAGG